GAGCCAAAAAAUUCAGACAUGUCGGUAUUGAGCAGUCUUUGAAGAAUAAAUUUGACCGAAUGUAUUCCAACAUUGUCGCAACUGGAGCGUAUGCAUGGGCUCCUUCAUCAGGUGUACCUGCUGACAGUGAUGUUGAUCCUGGUACAAGCAAUGCCGAUAUUGCUCAUGAUGGUUUGGAAGAGGGCAGCGGUGAUUCGGAGGAAGACGUGAUUCCAGAUUUCCAGACUGACAUGGCUCGAAUGGUUGGAGGGAUAAAUAUGUCUAGCAGCAGCAACACAAAAAGCGGUGACAAAAGAAAAGAACGAGAUCAUUAUGAUGUGCGAGAUAGAAAGAAGAAAACAUCUGGAAUUCAGCUGCUGUCAAGGUGCAAUCAACUACUUGAGAGUAUAUCGACUAAGAGUGAUUCCACGUCUGUUAAUUUGGAUCGCGAAGGCUGUAGUAUUCGCGAGGUGAUGGCCGAGCUGCACUCAAUUCCUGGAGUUUCAAUUGAAGAUGAGUUCCACGACUUUGCUACAGAGUAUUUGAGUUUAAGAAGGAAAAGAGAAAUGUGGGCUAGUAUGGGUGAUAAGGAGCAGAAGUUGAGAUGGCUGCAACGAAUGUAUGCACGCACUAAACGUGCUUAGCUGACAUGAAUAAUGGGAUGCCGGUUUUAAAAAUGAGUUUUUUCCAAUUGCCGAAGUUUAUCCGAGUCAUUGUAUUCUUCCACAUUUCGUGUUGAGAUAUAUGGGCAUUUCCAUUUGCGGUAAUUUGUUUAUUGUUGUAUUUAUAUUAAACUACUUUUCGGGAGCUAAUAUACUUGUAUGAGGAUAUUGUUAGUUUUUAAUGUUGUAUUUUAUCAAUGAAUUAAAACUGUCA